AUGGGCGCCGGCGCUAUCCUGGAACCUUUGGUGGUUAUUGUCUUGCUUUUCGGUGGCACCUGGAUCAACCGCUCAGCUGGCUCAUUUCCUCCCUCGCGUCGUGCUCGCCGCAAAUCCACUGACCACUAUCGUGGUGCUUCGCCGGACUCUAUCGAGUCGGGCCUUUCCUCACCCACGCCCAAGGAUGGUCUUCUGAAAGACCGACCUUUAUCUCCGUCAAGCUCUCACUUUGGACUCGAGACCUGGCGCAAGCGACGCGUCGGGCUACUUCUGUGGACUGCUGAGGUCACUUCCCCGAACACUGCUAUUUUCCAAGAUCGUCUGCUCAGCCGUCUGUUACGCAAACUUCCUUUUCUGGCCGAAUGUUGGUAUUGGGCUUUGGUCUACUGGACGUAUCAACUAGGCAGAGCGUUUACGGCCGUAACCCUACAAGAAGGAACCGUCGAUGUCGCGAGGAAACAUGCGCUCAAACUUAUCGAGAUCGAACAAGCCCUCGGGUUGUUCUGGGAGGUUCCGAUCCAGCAGUUCUUCCUGGGGCACCCAUUGCUCAUGAAAUGGACCAAUUGGAUCUACUCGUUUAUCCAUAUCCCCGGAACGAUAGCAUUUCUAGUUUGGUUAUAUUACUACACUAUCACGAGAAACCGAUUUGACGAAUCUCAGCCUGGGAAGCCUAGAGGGACGACGAGCGGCUCGCCUGCUGGACCACUUCUCUAUCAAGCUCGUCGACGGACAUUAGCAGUGUGCAACCUCCUUGCAUUUGUUGUUUUCACCCUGUGGCCUUGUAUGCCGCCUCGCCUGCUGAGCGACGAGGACGUACAAGGGCCGGAAGGAAAGUUGGCGCGCAGUUAUGGCUUCGUGGAUACCGUGCAUGGAGCGGAAGGCGCUGGCAGUGUGUGGACUGAGAACAGGUUUUGCAAUCAAUACGCUGCAAUGCCCUCGUUGCAUUUCGGAUAUUCUCUUAUGAUUGGACUCACUAUCAUGACAAUUCCCCUGCCCGCCCACCAGCGCGUCUCGACGCGAGUUCGCAUCGGCCCGUUUGGUGUUCAUAUUCCGUCCCGACAACGUUUGGCCUGUCUAUUCCUCGGGUUCGCAUACCCGUUCAUCAUUCUCGCUGCCAUUGUAGCAACUGCGAACCACUUCAUCCUAGAUGCCGUUGCUGGUGCUAUAGUGUGUACUUUGGGCUGGAAGUUCAAUGGGAUUCUAUUGAAUUUGAUACCCGUGGAAGACUAUUUCCUUUGGGUGGUCCGGAUACACAAGCCUGAGCCAGCAGAGAUGGUAGGACCGCUGGAUAUUGAGGGAUGGAUGGAUGACUGUGAGGCUGAGACCGCUUGA